AUGGCGAGUCUGGGAGCUGCAGUCCAAGAUGCAACGACAUAUUUAGAUGAAAAAACCGUGUUCUUCCUGCAGCACAAAGCGAUUCUCGAGAAACGGCUUGUUGUGCGACCGGAUGUCUUCAUGGUGUUGAGCGGAUUUGCCAUGGGUCUACUUCCGUUCCUAUUUCUUUGCUCACGCAGUGAGCUGAAGGCACCGGCUAGCAAAGAAUUGGCUCCAGUGACGCUGUGCCUAUUAGCCCUCACGGGCGGUUUGGACUUUUUUUGUACUGAUCAGUACCAGCCCAGCAUGCCGGAUAUGGCAACAGCUUUCAAUGUCACCAAGAGUAGUAUGAGCCUCACAAUUCAAGCUCAUCAAGUUUUUUGUGGGCUAGCCACGCUGAUCUUUGGCCCUGUCUCAGAUUACAUUGGUCGGCGCAAAGUCUUUCUAUUCCUUCAGCUGCUCUUGGGUCUGCUGGCCCAAGGUGCACCUUCCUACCAUUGGUUCGUGGUGGGAAGAGUACUGCAAGGAACUGGAUCAUCCUCCAUAGCAAUCGUGCUGGCCAUCUCAAGAGAUUGCUAUGAAAAGGAGGAGGAGCGACUGAAGGUGGGUGGCCUGUUGUUCGCAUGCAUGCUGCUGGGUCCACUGAUCGCCCCGCCCAUUGGAGGCUUUUUGGCUACAAGGUUUGGCUGGAGAUCCAGCUUUUUCAUGCUCGCUGGUGUGUCCAGUAGCAUUUUUCUCUGCAGCUACUUCUUGGUUCCCGAGACUUCCCCGAAAGCGCCGAAGUCGUCCUACCUUCGAGCCGUUUGGAGGAUUGUGGCGAACAAAAGGCGAUUCCUUUUGCUGCUGUUGAUGGCUUUGUACAAGAGUACAUUUAGUAUCCUUGACAACAAUAAUGCUUUCAUGUUGGAGACUUUCCUUGGCGCUCCUAUACAGCAAGCAUCCUUUAUGGUGUCCAUCUUGGCAUUGUCAGGUGCUAGUGGUGUGUUAGCAUCUUCUUUGCUGGGGCGCAAGCCAGUGGAGGUGAUGAAAUUGACCAUGCCAGUGGUCUUCAUCGUUGCCACUUGCGACCUGCUGGUGGGCCUUUUCUCUUCGAAGAACCUGAAACUCUAUCUUGCUUGCAUUUGCUUCCGACACUUUGUGAUUAUGCUGCCAAACAUGGCUGCCAACAUCGACUUCCUUCAAGAUCUCGAAGACAUUGCUGGGAUGGCCAGCAGCGUGCAGACAGCAGGUGUCUUCUCCAUGGCAUCGCUCUUUGCCCUUCCUGCGUUGCUUUCCGAGAAGCAAGGCCCUGGAGGAAUGCUUUGUGUCCUGGCGACGAUUAUUUUCUUGUCGCAGCUACUCGCAAGUGCCAUCUUGCGGGAGAUUGGGAUCUGGCCGAUGGUGACCAGGGCUGAAUGGCUGGUGUCGAAAUCACCUGGUAUUUACUCCUAG